AAAGAAUACGGUGCGAAAGUGGACAUCUGGUCUUUAGGAAUUAUGGCAAUUGAGAUGAUCGAAAACGAGCCACCUUAUCUCGAUGAAGAGCCCCUCAAAGCUCUCUACCUCAUCGCAACGAAUGGCACCCCUACAUUGAAGAAACCAGAAGCCCUGAGUAGGGAGUUGAAGCACUUCUUAAGUGUCUGCUUAUGCGUCGACGUCAAAAGCAGAGCUAGUGCCGCCGAGUUGCUGGAGCACGAAUUCUUGAAGAAAGCGUGUCCUCCAUCUGGCCUUGCUACUCUCCUAAAGAAACAGGCCAAGGCAUCCUGA